UUCACCAGGCUUUCACCUUCAAGUUGUCGAGGCAAAGCAGGACCACCGAUUCAGGAUCAGGACGUGGGUCAAGAUGGUGAACAGAGUAAUUCAUCAGAUAGUCCUCGCCUGGAUAGUAUUGCUUCAGCUCUCUGCAAGCAGUUGUUCAGUCAUUAACUUGCCUGUUCUUAAAUCAGACGUAAAAAACCACCUUGCCACAUACCUUGAUGAAAAAGUGAAUGAAUUUAAGACUGAACUGCAUAGAUCUUUUGAAAUGCAUAGACACAGGCAGAGAAGAAAUGUACAACAAGCAACUGUCAGAGAAUGGUUCCUUUCCGAUAUCCUAGAGUCAAGUCCCCUACAUUUUGAUGGCUCCACGGUUGAACACUUCACUUUUGGUGGCAAGGAUUAUCUGAUUGUGGGAGACGUCCCUCAAGCUACUAUGGGUGAUAUUCACUCAAUGGUUUACGUUUACAACACUACAAGCGAAGCCUUUGAAGAUACUGGCAUAUUCUUGGAUAUCCAAGGUGUGGCUGAUAUUGAAGUUGUCCACCUUGAUGGCUCUACUUAUGUUGCAGUUGCCAAGAAUCAUAAUGCUGCUAAUAGACAUGAUAUCAUCUCGACAAUCUAUAAAUUUGACACAUCCAGUUCGCCAGAGUUCACGGUCUUUCAGGAGAUGUAUACAAAUGGUGCGACUGAUUUUGAGAUUACAGUCUUCAAUCAGGAGACUUAUCUAUUUGUUGCUAAUUCCCGGACUGACUUUUAUGCCAGGCACAGAAACAAGUUAGAGGUUUUUCAUUGGUCUGGUGCUUACUUUGACCGUGUUGCUAAAACUUGGUUAUACUCGGCCCAAGAUAUUUGUACAUUUGAAAUUGACGGCGAGUUGUUUAUAGCAGUAACACAGUACACAGACAAUGAUGGAAAUCUAGACAUAGGAACCAAAGUGUUCAAAUUUGAUGAUAUGAUGUAUGAACUAAUUGAGUUACAAACACUCAAGUCAACUGCUCCAAAGGAUAUAGAAUAUUUUGAAGCAAAUGAACACCAUUAUCUGGUUAUUGCAAAUGCCUUUGGUACAGAUGAAUCCCAUUCUAUAAUAUAUUGGUGGGCUGGAAGUGGAUUUGUGGAAUAUCAACGUAUUGCCACUUUUAAUGCUACAGCUAUAGAAAGCAUUAGAAUGCCCAAUGGGGAAGUCAUAAUUGCCAUUGCCAAUUCUGAAGAUGUUGGUACAGUUUUCUAUAAUGUAGACCAAAGUGGUAUGUUUGUGCCAAGUACUGUGCAAGGAUUGGGAACUAAUUUUAGUAAUCCAGAGUUCACAGAUCUUCAAGAGUUCACAAUUGGAAAUUCUUUUUAUUUGGCUGUAUCUACUAUGGGCGUUUUUGAACUUGUAUUUGAUUCUCAAGUAGUUCUGCCAUCACCUAAGCCGAUAUUGACCUGUUUAGCUGAUGUCAUUGCUAAUCUAACAGCCCAAAUGAUGGCAGUAGCACAGUUGCAAGAGAGACUGAAUAACAGAUUGAGCCUGUCCAUGGAGCAAACAGUAGAUGUUCCAGUAGUCUUUAAUGUGUCUGUGACGUCACAGAAAAACUUUACAACUGAAGACCUUGUACUUGAUAAUGACAACAGAUUUGACUUGGAUGAUUCAUUAGAGCCAGUAAAUCGUCGUGAUGUAAAAAAAAAUCUGACAGACAUUCUGAAUGACCUUGAUGAAUAUACCAAGGAAUCUAAACAAGUCGUGAUGGUAUCUAAAGUGCAAGAUAUUGGAGGUCGCAAGACAUUUAAUGAAUCUGUUGAAGUUGUAGACACACUUAAUGUGGCUGAUCUCUACAUUGAAAAUGGAUUAAUUAGUGGUGUUGAUGUCGUUAAAAUAAACAACACUGCAGUAUGGCGAAAUGCUGAUCAAACAAUUACUGGCAAUACAACAUUUUAUAACAAUGUCAGCAUCAACUCUAAUAUAACUUUAUAUGGACUGUUAAACAAUGUUGACUUUCCUGGAAAUGUUCUAUUAAAUCAUGGAGAUCAGAACAUUACUGGUAAUAUAACUUUCGAGUCUGACGUCAAUUUCGAAAGUAAGAUUACCAUAUACAACCUGAAUGGCAUCAAUUUAUCCAGUGAGCUCGUGACUACAUUUGGUGAACAAGUCAUCCAUGGCAACAAGACUAUAGAAAGCGAUAUUACAGUCAGCGGAAAUGUGUUGCUUCCAAAUGGAACAAGUAUAAAUGGGGUUGAUCCAUCAGAAUUUGUAAAGACUGCUGUAAGCCUAGCGGAGGAUGGACAAAUAAACGGGAAAAUAAAUUUUUUCAGAGACUUGGAUAUUCAAAAUGAUUUACUUGUAACUGGUUUGAUCAACAAUGUGGAUAUAGGAGAUCUGGCUGCAGAAGUGAUUUAUAAACACAAGGAAUACCAAACUGUGACGGCUCGAAAAGAUUUCCUGAAUAAUGUUUAUGUGAAAAAUGAUAUUACUGGAAAUGGUACCAUAAAUGGUAUAGACAUCUCUGAAGACCUUGUAUAUUUGAACACAGAUCAGGAUAUUCUCGGCAAAGUUACUAUAUCUGGUGAUGGAAACUUUACAAGUAUUACAUGUGAUUUGGUUAAUGGUGUGGAUUUGUCUCUAGAGGCGAUAUUAGUGUCUGGUGCACAAACAAUGUCAGGUGCAAAGAGUUUCAAAAAUGGAUUCACUGUUUCUGGUGACAUUAUCAUGUCUCCCCUUGCUACAGUUGAUCAGGUUGAUAUUGACGUGUUCAACUCAACAGUCAUGAAGUUGACAGAACCAGCGUCUUUAGAAGGGAUAAAAACAUUCAAAAACAACGUCACAGUUAAUGGUUCUGUAGUGCUUUCUGACAUUUUGAAUGGUCUGAAUAUUAGCUUUGCAAUGGAUGAUGUCUUGACUAAGUCAACUGAUCAGAUAAUCAAUGUACCUGUUGAUUUAAUUGGAGACUUUGUUUUCAUGGGUAAUUUGAAUACAAGUAGAUUUGAUAACCUGCACAUGGAUGACUUCAUUCUACUGGAAGCACCAGGUCAAAUUGAAGGUUUCAAAAACUUUACAGAUCAUGUUAACAUUGUGGGUGAUUUAGAUGUGGACAGUGAAGUCAAGAUUAAUGGUAUUGACUUAUCUGCAUUAGACAAUAGUGUUGUGAAGAAAGAAGGAAAUCAAACUAUUCUCGGAAACAUUGAGUUCUCUGAUUCAAUUAGUGUUGAUGAAUCAAUUGAAGCUUUCAGUGUAAAUGGCUUUGAUAUACUGCAGGACUUGGUCAGAUUAGAUGACCAACAAACAGUAGCAGGUCAGAAAACAUUGCGUUCUAACCCUGUGUUCAUUAUGGGUAAUCUGAAUGUGACUGAAACCUAUGUAGACACUAUAAACGAUGUAAAUAUCACUCUACUAAAUCAAGAAGCUGUUCUAGUUGAUGGAAGUCACAUCAUAGAGGGAAGCAAAGUCUUUAUUGGCACUUUAGAAGUCACUGGAUUCCUAGAUGUAAAUGGCCUUGUAGAUGGUGUGAAUACAACUGAAUUUACCGAGAAUGUGGUCAUGCUCAGUGGUAUGCAAACUAUAUAUGGUGAGAAGAGUUUUAUGACAGACGUGUAUAUGAUCAAUGUGACGGUUAAUGGCACUGUAAAUGGUAUCAAUCUGGAAGAGUUUUGUGUUAGUGUAGUGGACUUGUCUACUGAUGAUGUCGUCAAUGGCGAAAAAACAUUCGAUGAAGUUGUAGUGAAUGGCGACUUGAUGCUUGGAGGUUACGUCAAUAGCUUAGACCUAUCAGAAUCUUCUGGGCUGUACUUAUCUAAGACAAUACCACAGCACAUUGAUGGGUAUAAGGAGUUCUCACAGAAUAUAACCUUGAAUGAUUUGAUGAUAGACUCUGGUUUUCUGCUGGAUGGUGUUGAUAUCAACGAUAUGGCAUUAAUUGAUCAGAAUGCAGUGUUUUCUGUUGAUGUUUAUUUUAACAAUACACUGACCAUCAACGCUGAUAUUAUAAUUGAAGAUGGAAUCAAUGGAGUGGAUAUAGUUGAGCUUGACAACACAGCUGUUAAAUUGAAUACUGGAGAACAGCUGAUUUAUGAUAUUAAGUCAUUUGGUGAUGUUACAAUUGACGGUGAUUUGGUGGUAAAUGGAACCAUUAAUGCAGUUGAUGUUACUGAUCUGGCAGCUCAAGCAGUUUCCAAGACAGCUGGUGAUAUUUAUGUCCAUGCUAACACAAAUUUCUCUGAACCAGUGCAAAUUAAUGGUGAUGCUUUGUUCAUGCAUGAUAUUAAUGGCGUUGAUUUGCAUGCACUUUAUGAAGAUGCUGUUAACUUACACGAUGACCAAGACAUUGAUGGAGCCAAGAUUUUAGUUCACUCGUCUGGUAUUUAUAUGAACAAUGUAGAGGUUACUGGUGAUGUCAAUGGUGAUUUCAAUGCACAUGAUGUACAUGUUGGAAACUUUGUGAAAGACUUGGUCAUGAAAUCUACAGACCAAGAUAUUUACAGCUCGGUGGUAUUCAACAGAAGUCUGGUUCUUAACAGCAACCUUAUUGUUAAUGGUUUUAUUGACUUUGUUGAUCCUUCGGAAGACCUUGUUUUAGUGCAUUCUAAUGGUGUCGUGACAGGUGACAACACUUUUUAUGCUAACAUCACAAUAGAUGAAGACUUAGUGGUGGUAGGAUUUGUUGAUGGAGUUAAUGUCACCCAUCUUAACAACAAAUAUGCAAGUUUGUCUCGACCUCAGGAAAUCACUGGAGCAAUCACUUUUCAAAACAACGUCACUGUUGUAGAUGACAUUAAUAUUAAUGGUACACUAAAUGGAGUUGAUAUUGACGACAUAGUUUUAAUAAAUGGUGACCAAACUAUCGUGGGAAACAAGACAUUCAGUGAUGGUGUUGUGAUUGUUGGUGAUCUAGUUACUGAUGAGAUCAAUGGACUAAACUUACAAUGGCUACAUGAUAACAUGGUUAGACAAUUUUGUGAUCACAAUGUUACGGGUGAAAAGGUAUUCCAAAAUGAUGUGUACAUUAUGAAUGAUAUGGUGGUACUGGGUUUGAUAAAUGGAGUCAUUGAUAUACCAGAAUUACACAACGAUGGUUUGAAAGUAUUUCAGGACAGUACACGGAUGUUGACACAUGUAAAUGAAACUAUACGUGGCCAAUGUGAGCUGGUAUUCAAUUUAUCCCAAGCAACUGCUGGGCAAGGUAUGAGUUUCAGUCACUUUGAAGACUUCCAGGAUUUAUAUACUAUCAGUGCCGCACAGUUCAACAGCGUUCAGUACGACAGUGGUGUUGUCUUGUUUCUAACAGAGUCUAACUUUCCAUUUGUUCCACGAUGCACAGAAGGACAUUUAUACAUGUGCCCUCAAGAGGACACUAUCUGCUGGGAAAUUCAGAACCAAAAAUUCCCAUCUACUUCAAGUGUCAAGGGUUAUAAUAUUGGAGAAAGAACUUUUGUUGUUCUCACCCACAGUGAAGAGAUGAUUAGUAAUACUUGUGUAAUUAAACAAAAUGACAUGGUGACUAGAGUGCUGGACUUUGAUGAUGCUUCCUUUGACCAGAAUCUAACUACUAGUGGUUCUGUUGACUCGGUUAUGUUUUCAAUUGAUGGAGAGAUUUACUUAGUAGUUGCCAAUGGUCACAACAACUCGUUAGUAAUCUCCAACAGCGACUCGGAUGUAUUCAAGUACAACGAGGGCAUCAAUGCCUUUGAGGAAUAUCAACAACUUCCAACAUAUGGAGUGAAAGCUGUAACUUUCAUUGACAUCAAUGGAGUUUACUUCUUGGCAUUUGCUAAUUCAUACGAUAGUGAGCAAGCAACUGAGGAAGUUGAUGCCACUGUGCAUGCAUGGAAUCCUUCUAAAAAACGGUUUGAAGCAGCUGAAUCUAUUGUAGAUGGAUAUGUGACUGUUGCUGCCAGCGAUGUCAUUAAUUUCAGCAUAGAUGAUGAGGUAUACGUUGCUUAUGCAAGUAAAAACAUCCAUAGUGGUAAUGGUGGUGAUAUCAAUAUCUUUAAAUAUGAAUCCACUGGGUUCAAACACCAACAACGAAUAGAACUAACUAAUAUUGUUGAUUUAGAAUUCUUUGAGGUGUCCGGCAUGUCAUUCAUUCUGGCAGUGGACAGUACUUAUCAUAUUCAUAUACAACAAUGGGCAGCAGCCAGUAACUUUGUGCACAUGCUUUCUUGGAAGUACACUGGUAUACGAUCUGUACAUGCCUUCAAACGAGGUGAUGCAUUGUAUAUAGCAGCAGCUGUACAUGUUGACCAAAGUGACCAGUCAAUGUCAAAGAUAAUGAAGGCAGUUGUUAAAGGUGACCGAUCCAUGCUGGAAUUUGAAAUCCAAAAUUAAUCACCUAGAGUUUUCAAUAUUGUAUAAAUUAUAUUUAUAUAUAGUCAAAAUUUAUUUAUGGUGUAAUGUUGUAUGUAAUAAAUUGAACUCCAGCUAAA